AAACUAAUGGCCUACCUCUCUUUUUGACAGUAAAAAUCAAGCAAUAAAAAAAUCGAAUGCGACCAAGGAAAGGUCGCACCUUGAACUAGAAAAUUCCAAACGACUCACAAUAUAUCCAAGACUCUGGCGUUCUCUUUGUGGCGCAUCCCCGUCGCAAAACAGCAAGUGUAUUGGCCUCUCAGCUUCCAGCAAUCAGACCCCAGAAAUCACAUGAUCAACCAACGCAUCUCCAUCUAAGAAGAAGAAGAGGAAGAAGAAGAAAAACUCAAGAGAACAAAUCCACAACAACGACAUGCUUUUAUGAUUAAAAUUCUAGUCGAGGCCUGUCAUAUCGCUUAAUACCUGACAAACAAAAUACAAGCCAUCGGUUGAAGGCUCAAGUCAUAUCCAGCCCUAGCAUACAAACAAUGCAGGGCUCAAUGACAGAAGCGGCGCUGCCGCCAUUGGUGCAGCCGCCGGCGGAAGAAGUGCAACAGGCUCAUGCUAUACAACAACCUGAUGCCAAUGUCGAAGCACACCAGGCAAGUGGCAUCAGUGCGGACGAAAUUGCCCUUUAUGAUCGCCAAAUCAGAUUAUGGGGGAUGCAGGCGCAGGAAAAGAUCCGUUCAGCCAACGUCCUCCUGGUCACUGUCAAGGCGUUGGCCAACGAGAUCGCCAAGAAUCUCGUUCUUGCUGGCAUUAACUCUCUGACCAUUGUCGAUCACGAGGUCGUUACCGCCGUCGACUUUGGAGCCCAGUUCCUGCUAUCCGAGGAUGAAGGCCACCUGGGGAUGAAUCGCGCCGAGGCGGCCAGCGUCAACCUGCGCAAGCUGAACCCUCGCGUCGACGUCAUUGUCGACAAGGAGGACAUCCGGACAAGAGGACCCAAUUACUUCCAGAACUUCAGCGUCGUCAUCGCCACCGACCUGGAUCCCGAUGCCUUCAACAUCAUAAACCUGGCCACCCGCAUUGUGAAUAAGCCCUUCUACGCCGCAGGCUCGCAUGGCUUCUAUGGUUACAUAUUUGCCGACCUGAUCGAGCACGUCUUUGUCAUUCAGCGCGAUGAGGGCAACGUUGCCACGAAGCUGCAGCCUGAGUCUAGGACGCGGGAUGUCAUCGACGUCCAGGUGAAAAAGGAGGGCGGCAAGUCCAUCGAGCGAGUCACCAAGCGUGAGCGCUACUCGACCUGGACUCUGUCAGACGUCGCACCGCUCCCCGAGGAGUAUCGCAAGUCGCCCCGCCGCCUCCGCGCCGUCACGCCUGUCCUCUCGUGCCUCCGCGCGCUGUUUGAGUUCCAGCAGGAGAAGGGCCGCCUGCCCGCUCUCAACCGACGCGAAGACCUUGAACGCUUUACGACGCUCGCUACCGAACGGCACCACAAGCUAGGGUUGCCCGUUUCGACGCUCAAGUCCGAAGUACUGCGCAGCUUCCUUCAGAACAUUGGCAGCGAGCUGGCCCCCGUUACCGCCAUUAUCGGUGGCCAGCUGGCCCAAGAUGUCAUCAACGUGCUGGGCGCGUCACAAGCUCCCAUCCAAAACACCCUCAUCUUUGACGGAAACACAAUGGAGGCCAAUAUGUAUCCUCUCCACCCAGAAGACGACCAGCUCGGCAGCGGCCAGCUGGUAUUCUCAUCUCCUGCGGGUGUACAGUUCGCUGUGGAUAGCAGCAACGCCAUGGCUGCUGGCGUAGUGCCGGAUCCAUCGCUGAUGAUCCCUCAGGUGAAUAUGGCCGGGCCGGACAUGGCUGUAGUACCAGGACCGGACAUGAGCCUUGGACAGUAAUUUUAUGAGCUUUGAUUUGAAAUGUCUAUCAAGACCCAGAUCUCAAUAAAAAGGUCAGGAGGAUUAACUAUUGAUGGGCGAAUACGGUCUGCUUCCGUAGUGACAAGGGACGCUUGGCGUUAUGGCUUCACCUAGGAGGUGGUAUAUCAAACCGGACAAGGAAAAGGCAAUCUCAUUACUAAGCUAUAGACCAACUUUGAGGACCGAUAUAGGCGGGUGUGGGAAUAUCACGGAAACUCAGACUGGAUUAUUCAGGCAUCUUUUUUUUUACCCGCCUUCAAGUCUGUAGGACGGUUGGAUGACUGGCUGAUCUCGCUUUGUGUGUCAAAAAGCACCAAAGUCUUAUUUUUUUUCUUCAGAGAUCAAAUGGUUAAUCGCUCUAGACUCUCCGGGCUGAAGUGGUGAAGCUAGUUGAACGGCGAGCAUUGCGGCGAGCCACGCAGCAUUAUGCCCAAAGGCAAAUACAAUAUUACCAGCCUCCCUCUUUCGUAGGCAUGGUAGCAACAACAGAGCCUAAGGGCGCAUCUAGACCUCCAUGGGUACAGUGAUGGCUAGUGAUGUUGAAGUAUAUCGCAGCUCAACAAAUGGAGCACAAAGCGGUGCAUAGUGCAAAUUUUGUUCAAGCAGACGCUUUGUUGUGGCAGAUUCGACCCAGUUUAAAGCAAACGUCACUUAUUAC